AUGUCUGAAAAAGUUGAGGACUUCACUUUGAAGGAAUACCACGAGAGAUUAAAAAACAUUUUUAAGAGACUCAACAGUGUGCCAAUUGACCAGAAAAUGGCCAGAUAUCAUCCAAACUCGGUAGAUCGCAGCUCAAGUGAAAGCGAGAGUGAAUCAAGUGAUGAAGAGACGUCUUCUGAAGAAACGACUUCAAGUGAAGCUACAUCAACCUCUGAGGAUUCUGAUGAAACUUCAGACGAGACGACAUCAGAUUCGGAGGAUUCAGAAUCCAGUGAGUCUGAAGAAGAAAGUGAAACAUCUUCAGAUGAGGAGAGCGGGAGUGAGGACGAGUCGUCUGAAGAAACUGGCUCCGAGUCUGAGAAUUCAAGCAGUAGCCCCGAAUCUUCUGAAGAGGAAUCAAUCAAGGAGGACAAUGUGAAAGAGAGGAGGAGGAAGAGUGAGAGCAAAAAAAAUACGCCCUCAACAGUUGAAAAGGGUAAAACUCAAGUUUCAUUUGCUGAAGGGAGGAAUAAGUCUUCAUUAAAGGGGAAAAAUACCAAGUAG